AUGGUGCCUUAUUAUGGUCGCCAUGGCUGUAAGCAAUUCAUACGUGGUAAACCCAUACGUUAUGGGUACAAAUUAUGGACAGGUUGUACCAGCAAAGGGUAUGUUAUUUGGGUAGAGCCGUACCAAGGUGCCAAAUCAGAAAUAAAGCCCUGUUAUAAGGAACUGGGUUUAGGACCAUCUGUGAUUCUGCAAUAUACCGACAUAAUCAAUUCUAUUCAAAGCUUUCCCUAUCACAUUUUUUGCGACAAUUUCUUUACGACUAUACCACUUCUGAGUGAAAUGACUAGAAGAAAUUUGAAGAUAACAGGAACCAUAAGAGAAAAUCGCACGUCAAAAUGUCCACUGGCAAAUAAAUCCCAGUUCAAGAAAAAAAGUAGAGGUUUUAUUCAAUACCAAACUAACGAAGAAAACACUGUAGUUGUUAAAUGGCAUGACAAUAACGUUGUCACUUUAGCAUCCAAUGCCUUGCCUGUUCACCCUACUCAUUCAGUUAGUCGUUAUUCUCUCAAAGAAAAAAAGAAAAUUAAGGUAGACCAACCUCAUAAUAUAUUUACUUAUAACAAAUAUAUGGGAGGCGUUGACAGGGCAGAUCAAAAUAUAAGUCUCUACAGAAUAGGUUUGAGAGGAAAGAAGUGGGAACAAAAUGGAAAACUGGAUCAUCUAAGAUUUCGAAGGAGAAUAGUCAUGACCAUUUUAGAAGGAAACCAACGAAAAUUUGCGAAGAGAUCGAAGUUGUCACAAUCACAUAACUAUAAGGCGCUUCGAGGUGAUAACUGCGUACAAAUAGAAACCAAGGGCACCAUUAUGACGGCCGUUUAUAUCUCACCUAAUAUCAGCGACAGAGAAUACCAAAAGGCCAUAGAUAAAACAUUCGAAACGGCUACCAAAAACAACGGAAGACGACUAUCCAUAAUGGCCGGAGAUAUAAACGCGAAAUCCGCAAUAUCGAUGGUUUUCUGA